AAAAAAAAAAAAGUCCUGACUGGUCAUGCUGCCCCAGUUUGGACACGUCCAGUGCUUGAGCACACUCGCCACAUUUGUCGGCUACGCGGUCACGCGAGGGACCUGAGGAGGGAGGCGCGCGCCACCCCGGGGGUCCGCUGUUCGAUCGCCGCUUCAGCCGGCCUCGCCCCGGCCGCAGGGGGAAGACGACACGAGAACAUUCACGGGAUCGGGUGGCUUAAGAGGUGAACGGGUGGACGCAAUCGGGCCGAAAAUGUGGACGAAAUCAAGUCAUCUCGGGUGACUGCUCGGUCAGGAUCGUGUUAAGAUUGCCGUGACGGAGCUUUGUUGGAGGGAUUGCUGCUUUCGAGCGCUUUAUUCGCAGGUGCCAUCGAGACCCAGAAGACAGAAGGUUGUCCUCCCCUCAGCAUGAUCAUUAAGGACAUUGCCCGCCAUUACGAGUGAGUACAUCAGGAUGACCGAGGGCCCAGGGCCAGGAGGAGAAGUCAACGGAGUCGAGGCCGAUGCCAUCCUCCAUGCUGUGGCAAACAGUGACAAGGCCCGAGAUUUACAUCCAGGUUUUGUCCAAGGGUUGUUGGGGGAUGACCAAGACUUCAACGUUCCUUCAGUUUUUGGGAAGGAAUACCUGCUGGAUGGAAGACCGCUAACUGAAAAUAACGUUAACGAUUGUCAAAAAGAUAACGGCUCAUACAUGGCUAACUCAAAUCAGAUUAAUCUCUCCCCAAAAAAGAACGAGAUUGACUUUCCAUCUCGUGUCGACUCUAGUGUGUCCCACAUACAGUCAAACUGUGCAAGCAGUCAAAUCCCCAAUGGCGCGAGGGCGAAAGAGUCACGCUUUGCCGGUUCUGAAACAGAAAUGGAUCAGGCGCAACCAUCAUCCAACCCCGAGGGCAGCCCAGUUGCGGUCGAUUCGUUAUCUGGUAGAGCGGAACCUGAUUUAGUCAUCGAAGUUGGCGGUCAGACGAUCAAUGCUCACAAGUCAGUCCUGGCUGAAAAGAGCGACUACUUUAAAGCUCGGCUGUCGCGAAACAUCCUCAAAGUGAAAGGCGUGAGCUACAAGACUUUGUCCACCUUGAUCGACUAUGUUUACACUUCCCAAAUGAGUGUUUCUAAGGACAAUGUUGUAGAUGUCAUCACAGGGGCCAAAAUCCUCCAGAUCCCUUGUGCCGUCCAGGCAGCCAUGGACCGCAUGACCCAACAAAUCACUGCGGGGAACUGCUACGAGAUCCUGAGCAUCGCCAAAAAGCAACGACUUAGUGAACUGAAGGAGACCGCCUACGGGUUCAUGAGCGAUAACUUCCUCCAGAUCCUCAAGGACCCCUGUGUGUACGGGCGUCUGACCGGGUCCGAGCGCGAUCUGGUCCUGAAGAAGAGAAUGGACGGGAGGAAGACUCUCAUGGCCGCGGAGAUAAACGACGCCUUUGAACGUGUCGGGAGCCGACCGCCGAGUCGCUGCGGAAGCCGCCCUCAGAGCCCCUUGUCCGUGGGGUCUCUGGAGGAGAGUCACACCAUCUACUCCUUCAGCGAAGAGGCCAACGACUGGAUAGCUUUGACUGCCAUGCCUGAGGAUGUCAACACUAAAGGCUGUGGAAUGUGUACCAUGUACAACUACCUGUUUGUGGCAGGUGGGAUAAAGGGCUACGGGGACAAGGGGAAGGUAUCAGACAAGGUCUUCUGUUACAACCCCAAGACGAACCAAUGGGCAGAGAUCCGACCCAUGACGCAGGCUCGUGCCCAGCUGAAGCUGGUGUCCAUGGACGGGUACCUGUAUGCCAUCGGAGGGGAGUGUCUGUUUACCGUGGAAAAAUAUGACCCCCGUAUGGACCGCUGGACCGCGGUGGCUCCUUUGCCGAAAGGAGCCUUCGCGGUAGCUCACGAGGCCACGACCUGCAACGGGGAACUUUACGUCUCCGGGGGCUCGCUCUUCUACCGCCUCCUCAAGUACGACACCAAGAGGGACGAGUGGCAGGAGUGCCCGUACAACAACAGCAGGAAGAAGUCUACGGAUAUGGUGGCGCUGAAGAGUUUCAUCUACCGCUUUGACGUGACCCGCGAGCAGGGGAUCAACGUGUUCAAGUACAACAGCAUCGUGAAAAUGUGGCACGAUUGCGCCUCGCAAAGGCUCGGCAGCUCGUUGCCGUUCAGAUGCGCUGUCGUAGGCAACCGCAUCUACUGCGUGAACAAAAGCCAGACUCUGCAGUUUGUGGUCGAGGAGGAGAAGGCCUUCUUUGUGGAGGAGCCGCUGAGGGCGCCUCUCGAAGCCAAAGGCGUUCUCUUCCCUUUUGUGCUCACUUUGCCUGAAAAGCCUGAGAAAGUUCCGCCCGGGUGCAAUCCACAGUUGCAAAAUUGAAGAAAAAAAAAAAAGCAUACCACUUUCUCUUUCACUUUCUCUAGCGUGGCAACUGUCUGUAUCGGUGUGUCGUUGCCUAUUUCCAACUGAAUGUGUGUAUUGCAUGGCAAUUUAAUGGUUCUCCAGAAGCAAGCCUUAAAAAGGGAACUUUCAGUAUUGAGUGAAUGCAACAAUAUUAGUAUCACGAAAGUGACAGUAGAUGAGUAAUCCUGACUGAUGUUGUUUGGUGCACUUUUGUGUUUGGAUCAGAUGUUGUCGACACCAUGUGGACUUAUUGAAUUUUGGUUGCAAAAUGUGCCGAUGAUGUGCUCAUGUGAUGUGGUUUCUAUGCAAAUGAAACAGCUGUAGGGCUUCACUAUUGAUGACUGGAAUGUCAUUGAAUGCACACUGAGCAGUAUUUUACACAAGCGGGAAGGGACUAGAUUAUUAUAUUCACUCACCGUCCUCUUUCUACACCGUCGUCAUUGGAGUCCUGACUGAGUGGGCUUUCAAUACCCUGGACUGGUCGCCAGCCGAUCUGAGUAGCAAAAGUCACUAGAAAGCACAGAAUUAUUGCACCUGGUUGCCAGGUAAUUGUAAUUCGUAUACAGUGAACCCCUAAUAUGGGAAUGGACGGGGACCAAGCCCUGCUACGAAUAGCGCAAAUCUGUGAAUAAUGAUUGUCCUGUAUCGCGGUGGCAAAGCACUUAAAACAGAGCGGAUUGUUGAGCAUCAACACCGUGCUUCGAACAAGUACGCAAUCAUGAACUCAUUCUAUAAACAACUGAAUUCAGUCCUUAAAUUAUUCACUGCAAAACGCCUGUACACGAGGAUCAUCAAUAGUUUCGGCUAACAGAAAUAAUAUGCUAACUCAAACUGGAACGCAUUCCACAUGGGCAAACAAAUAUGCGCACUAGCACUUCAUACAAAUGGUAUCAAGUCAUUAAACACUCCUUUUUACACACAAAAAUUUUACACACUUGACUGUGCAUAACUAAACUAAACUGGACAUAUCAAAUGUUGAUUUAAAAAAAAAAAAAAAAAAAACCUCCACCGGCAAUAAAUUAAAAACUGUACUGUACUGUACUGUUUAGACCAGGGGUGUCAAAUAUAUUGUAGUUCAAAGGACACAUUUGAUGUCAGGUGGGCUGGAUCAAUAUGAUCACAGCCUAAAUAGUUUAUACUGAAAAUAAAAAUAUGUGCUUCCCUUAGUUUUAAUGCAAAGCUAUACAAAUACAUUAGGAACAUCCUCACAUUUAGUAAACAGCCCUUUAGUGGAUUUUAUUAGUAACAUGUUUGCUUUAGUUUUUUUGUUUACUGUUUGGAUCAUAACUGCCAAUAGUGAUUGUAUAUACUGAAUAGGCAAAAAAAACACAAGUCACAGGAACUGAAAAUGAAUAACAAUAUAAGAAAUCUCAAAAUCAUUCCCGACUCCCGUCAUCACAAAGUCUAUGUAUUUUUUUUCACGCACGUAUUCAUACUGCAGCCCGAUUGAAGCACCAAUCGGCUGUAUAUUUGACACCCCUGGUAUAAUAAAACAACAAUUCAAAAUCAUCAUAAUCUCACAUCCAUGUUUUAGGAAUGCGGGACAAAGCCAGAGUACCGGCCCGGGAGAAAACCCACCCAAGCAUGCGAAGAACCUGCAGACUCCAGACAGGAAGGUUGGAGUUGAGAUUGAGAUUGCCAGAACUGUAAAUCAGAUAUCCGAAUCGUUAGUUCAGAAAAGCACAUGGAUAUUUUUUUUCCUUACACAAUAUUUUCCAUACUUCAUAGGGGUAUGUUCCAACACUUAGUACAUUUGCCAAAGAGAAUGAAUUGUCUCAGUCAGGUGAACAAAUGACAAAUAGUUGUCCAUUUUGGGUGUGUGAUGCUCAUUUAAUUUUAUUUUUAUUGUAACCAUGUUGGCUGCUAACAAAGUCUUUCAGGGAAAGCUCAAAAGUCUGUGAAAGAAAACAAGCACAGAAGCCAGUUUAACUGCAGUACUCAAAGGUAAAAUCAAACGCCACAUUUCUCGAGUCAGUCUGCCAUAACCAUGAAGAUUCCCUGGUCUGUAUCAUAUCAUAUAUCCUGUAUUCUACAUGCUUAGUAUAAAUUUUAUUCUUUGAGAAGUCUACAAAAGUAUCUGUUUGCUACUGCAAAAGCACAAUGUGAGUUUAUAUAAGUUUAUACGGUAUAGUCCUGAAAGAAAAAAAUAAUAUUACUAAUGCGCUUCUGUUUCAUUGCAUAUUUUGGACAAACUGGAUGUGGUUUUGCUACUUUAGCUGGGAGGCUUUUUUAUUUUGUGCCACCCCACCCCGCUCAGUUUGGAAAUGUUGGAUUUGCAUUUGCUGCUGUGAUGACUGAUGAGUGCUGUAAUGCCAGGUAAAAACCUCCAGUGUAAAGUUUUUGGAAUGUGGUAACUCUUUAAGUGUUGGAUAAUGUUCAUCGGUCAAAACAAGUGCUUCGAAUAAAAUUGGUGUCUGAAAAUA